AGGUACAAUGUGGUUCUAAAAGUAAUCAAUCUGCCAAAAGCAUGGUUAUAAACUUAUACUAUAAUAAACUAUGGUUUAUUUUCCUGAAGACUCCCGGAUCUCAUUAAGAGGGAGCUCAUUAACUAGCUUAACUGACUGACUGCUUAUUUUAUGCAUCCGUGUCAUUUUAACAGAAGGCGGUGAACAGCUUUCCCGGGAAAGUAAAAUAUGUACCUGACAGGCACAAGCUUUCCACCAAUCAGUUCGCAGAAACUAACCCCGCCGGUGACGCCCACUUGGAAGCGCAGAAACUUUUCACCAAUCAGUGCGCAAAAACGCGCUCCUUGUACGAGCAUCAGCCAAUCACACUGCCACAUCUCUCGCCUGUAGCGACAUUAUUAUGGAAGAUAAGAGCGGACUGAGAUUUACACAGGCAGCGAUCAGACAAUAACAAAUCACCCCAUAACCCGCAAAAGUAACGCGGUUAACUAAUUUUUAUAUCGAAGAAGGUGUUUUUAUGAAGUAAUGAGAAUGCUGGGCAUGUACGUGCCGGACAGAUUCGUGCUGAAGUCCUCCACAGUUCAGGACGGGAUGGGGCUUUACACUGCCAGAGCAGUCAAGAAGGGCGAGAAGUUUGGUCCAUUUGCAGGUGAAAAGCGGAUGUUGAGUGACUUGGAUGAAAGCAUGGAUCCUCGACUGAUGUGGGAGGUUCGAGGGAGUAAAGGUGAUGUGCUGUAUAUCCUGGAUGCCAGUAAUCCUCGUCAUGCUAACUGGCUUCGCUUCGUCCACCAAGCCCCCUCUCAAGAGCAGAAGAACCUGGCUGCCAUUCAGGACGGAGAGAAUAUUUUUUACCUGGCUGUGGAUGACAUUGAGAUGGAUACAGAGCUUCUUAUUGGUUACCUGGAUAGUGACAUGGAGGAGGAAGAGGAGGACAAUGAGGAAGAUGAGGACAUCAAAGAUGAAGAUGAGAACAAUAAAGAUAGCAAACACCUCAACACAGAAACCGAUCUGGUGAUUAAGAAGGAAGAUUACCCGUGUCUGCUGUGUGAAAGCAGCUUCCCUAGUGAAGAUGUGUUAGCUGAACAUCUGCAGAGUCUUCAUCAGAGAGGAAGUGCAGAGGACAAAGAGUUUAAAUGUCGCUCCUGCGGUAAAGAGUUUCCCGUCAAACAGGCCCUGCAGCGCCAUGUCCUUCACUGUACAGAGAGCUCAGCUACGACAGGAGACCCUUCAGCAGUUAACCAGUGUGCCCUGUGUCACAGCACUUUCUGUUCUGAGUCCAGUUUUGAACAGCAUAAAGAGGCGUGUAAAGGAGACGGCAGGUUCAUCUGUAAGGCCGAUAGCUGUGGGAAACGAUUUAAGAGUAAAGACGCCCUGAAGAAACACAAAGGCAACGUCCACACAGGGAGCGCCCGCAGGAAGUUGAUAUGCACCAUCUGUAAUAAGAAGUGCUCAUCCUCACUCAACCUACAGGAGCACCGCAAGGUUCAUGAGAUAUUCGACUGUACCGCCUGUGAUAAAAAGUUCAUCUCUACAAAUCAGUUGAAGCGUCACAUGAUCACACACUCCGAAAAACGUCCAUACACCUGUGAGAUCUGCAACAGAAGUUUCAAGCGACUGGAUCAGGCCACAGCUCAUAAGAUCAUCCACAGUGAAGACAAACCGUACAAGUGUAAGCUGUGCUGGAAAGAGUUCGCCCACCGAAACGUCUACAAGAACCAUAAAAAGACUCAUUCAGAAGAGAGGCCGUUCCAGUGUGAAGAGUGUAAGGCCUUGUUUCGCACCCCGUUCUCCUUACAGCGCCACCUCCUGAUUCAUAACAGUGAGAGAACUUUUAAGUGCGACCAGUGUGACGCCACCUUCAAGCGUAAGGACACUCUCAACGUACACAUUCAGGUUGUGCAUGACGGACACAAGAAGUACAAGUGUGACCUGUGUGAGAAGGCUUUUGUCACACCCUCCGUACUUAAGAGCCACAAGAAGACACAUACAGGAGAGAAGGAGAAGAUCUGCCCAUAUUGUGGACAGAAGUUUGCCAGUAAUGGAACUCUUAGAGUGCACAUCCGCAGUCACACGGGUGAACGGCCGUAUCAGUGUCCAUACUGUGACAAAGCCUUCAGCAAGAACGAUGGUCUUAAGAUGCAUAUACGCACACACACGCGGGAAAAGCCGUAUAAAUGCAGCGAGUGCAACAAGGCCUUCAGUCAGAAACGCGGCUUGGAUGAACACAUGCGCACACACACCGGAGAGAAGCCUUUCCAGUGCGAUGUGUGUGACCUGUCCUUCAGUCUGAAGAAGAUGUUGAUCAGACACAAGCUGACCCAUAACCCAAACCGACCUAUGGCUGAAUGUUCACUGUGCCACAAGAAGUUCACGCGGAAUGACUACCUCAAAGUCCAUAUGGAGAACGUACACGGAGAGACAGAGGGAUAGACAAUCAAAAAUAUUUGUCAUAUACCAUACCAAGGAUUCACACAUAGAUAUACAAAACACACAUUCCAUGGUUAAGUAUCGUUUAUUGAGCAGUUACUGACAGUAAGCUACUGUUUUAGCUUCAAAUCAGUUUCAACACCAGCAUAGAAAUGUGCAAUUGUACAGAAAAUUAUGAUGUUUACUAUUUCUAUAUGUACGUUUGUUCGUUUUGUAUGUCAGUUUCAAUUCAACAUUUGUCUCAACUGUUUGGAAAUGUUGCGUGACCAAAGAAAUAUCCUGCCAGUUUUCCACUUUUUUAUGUUUGUUGGUUUUAAAUGUUGUUUCCAUUUAAGCGCAUGAUUCCAUAUUUAUCAUGUUAUAUUUGCAGUAUUACUUAGGGUUUACAUGAGGUUUUGUUUUAUAGUCAGAUUAACAUCUUGCAGUUUUAAUUUGAAAAGUGCUUUGUUUUUCUUUAGAUGAAUGACUGAAGAAUUGCUGAUAUGGCUAAUGUGGCCAGUCUGUUUUUUUUACAUUGCCAUACUCUCUGUUGUUCAAAGGGCUGUCCGUCUUCACAGAUCACAAUUUACUGGUAAUUAUAAACAGUUGGAUCUUGCUAAACUGGUGUCAAAGGAAUCCAAUGUGAUUUGAUACAUGAUUGGACAUGCUGUCUUGAUAGUUGUUCUUGAAGCCGGUUUCUAAAGCAGUGUGACAGUGGUAAUAAAGGUAUACUCAUUAUGUUUAAGGUCUACAGCAAAAAUGGAGAAUUUCUUAAAUCGAUCUCUGAUCCAUAUGCAAGAGGCAGUAUUACAAUAAAGCUUAGAGUAAAUAUUUUGUGAUUUUUAAGGUCCUUCUUUGGUUUAUGGAGUGUCCAACAACUAGUUUAUGUACAUACAUAGUGUAAAAACACUUACAUUUUCUAAUAAUAGGCAGUGACUGACUCUCAAAUUUUCCCUUCAGCGAUUCAUCUGUCUUAUCCCCUCCUGUCUGUUAGCCUACUCUGAUCUGAUUGGUCAGAUGGUCAAGUCUGCUGUGAUUGGUCUACAGUGUCGCAAAUGGAAUGUCGGCGGGUAUUACACAGAGUGACACAAAUCCGACCCGAAACUGAAAUCAGAAUGACAGACGACUUGUUUGCAUGAUUCAGAGUAGACUCCUUUUUCCCCGAGCCAAUAGAUUUGAUAUUCGUUCACUUUCGGCAUUACAACUUCGCAGACUGAUUGCAUUCAAACACAGCAACACUACACACUGCAUGAAAUGUCAUUUUAAGGAGUUACUUUUUAAAUGACGUCAAUAAAAGUAUGACGUUGAAGCUCAUAAAGACAUAUUGAGCUGAGCUGCUUAUUUGGGUAAUACAUGUUUAAGU